AUGAGCCCCAAAUAUGAUAAUAAGCCUACUAAGGGUUCACCAAGAAAGGAUGAGAUGUUAGUGAAGGAUUGCCAUUCCCCUAGCAAGAAAAGGAUGAGGGUUCACAUGGUAGAUGAUGCUGAUGAAAAAUCAAAACAAGGAGAAUGGGUUGGUGGUAGAAAUAUGAGAUUUGAAAGUGAAAGGCAUUCUAGAUGGGACCCGGACCCACAUCUUGGUCAAAAGAAAAACAAUGAAGUAAGGAAUGUUAGGCCUUUUGUUAAUAACUAUGACAAGCCUACAAGAAGAAAGAACACAUUCACCAGCUUUCCCUUGGGAGAUAAUAAGUUUAAGGAAGCAAAAUCCACUACUAGAAUGGCAACAACUUUUGUGGAUGAAGAGAAUGAGGGAGAGUUGCCACUUCCAGCUCCACCUCCUCUUCCUCUUCCAAUUGGACAGAAACAGAUUGCUUACUUACAACAGUACAAGGAGGGAAAAGAUGAUGAUGAGAAUAAUGUGGAUGUGGUUGAUGAUGUUGAUGUUGAUGACGAUGAGAUGCUGGAUGUGGAUAUUGUUUGACUACUCUUAGUUAUUCAUGGAUUUGUAACUGUAAGAAACAUGUGAUUAUGAUUAUGAGGAUUGAUGAUGAUGUUCCAAAGUUUUGUAAAUACUACUUUAAGUUUUGCAUUGCACUUUUAGGCCUUGGAUCACUGCUUUUGAAUGUUUGUAUGUUUUUGGUUUAAAAAUUAAAUAUAUAUAUCAUAUAAUUAGGGAUCAA